AAUCUAGUGUUCCUCUUUCUCUAUUUCUUCUUACGGAUAUUAGUUUUUUUUGUCUAAUUUUGUUUUAUUUAUAGCUGCCAUGCUGGACAUUCGAAGAUUUGACAUUUAUCGAAAAGUGCCAAAAGACUUGACGCAACCUACCACUGUUGGAGCAGUCAUAUCCAUUUUAUGUGUUUUAUUUAUUUCAUUCAUGAUUUUCAAUGAUAUCCUCGCCUACAUCUUUAUAGAUUUAAGAAGCGAGUUCUUCAUAGACGACCCGGGAAGAGAAGGGAAAAUUGAUGUCCAAGUGAAUGUAUCUUUUCCUCAUAUGGCCUGCGAAUAUCUUGGGGUAGACAUUCAAGAUGAGAAUGGCCGCCAUGAAGUCGGGUUUGUUGAUCAAACGAAUAAAGUCUCAAUUGGAGAUGGAGGAUGUCGGUUUGAAAGUCGAUUCGAAAUUAACAAAGUUCCUGGUAACUUUCAUCUGUCGACACACUCGGCUGCUACGCAACCGGAGAGUUACGACAUGAGACAUUUGAUUCACUCCAUCAAAUUUGGCGACGAUGUUUCGCAUAAAAACCUCAAAGGGAGCUUUGACCCGUUAGCCAAAAGGAACACAUCUCAAGAAAAUGGACUCAACACUCACGAAUACAUUUUGAAAAUUGUGCCAUCCGUUCAUGAAGACUACUCUGGCACCAUUCUGAACAGCUAUCAAUACACUUUUGGCCACAAAUCAUACAUCACCUAUCAUCACUCCGGAAAGAUUAUUCCUGCCGUCUGGUUCAAAUACGAGCUGCAGCCAAUCACCCUCAAACAAACCGAACAAAGGCAGUCUUUCUACGCGUUUCUUACAUCCAUUUGUGCUGUGGUUGGUGGAACAUUCACGGUUGCUGGCAUCAUCGACUCGACAUUUUUCACGAUAUCUGAGUUGGUGAAAAAACAACGGCUGGGGAAACUUACUUAGACAAUAAUUCAAGUAUUAUAUCUCAAAGUUGAUCUUUUUAUUUGUGCGUGUGAAAAAAUAUUCAAAUAAAGUUUAUUAUAUAUUUUUUGGCAUCUUGCAACAUUUGCCUCAACUUUUAGUUUAUAUACAAUUGUUAAACGGAGAGGAGGUUGAUAAUUUUUUGCUAAAAUAAAAUAA